AUGGAUUCGGCCUCGAAAGACCUAGAGAAAGACGGGCCCAACCGCGAAGCAAUCCAAGCAAUCCAAAACCUUGACAGCAGCGGUACCCUGUCGGAAUGUCACUCAGAAACCUCCUCGUCAUGCGCCUCGUCUCAAGAGGUAAUGGAAUAUAUGUCCCGAGUCCGAACGGCGGUGUCCCAACGCGGAUCUAUACUGGAGCGCCACCCAACUGCACUCAGUCGAAUUGCAACACAGCGAAGUCAACAUAUUGAAACCGUGGGAGCCGGUCUGAAUGCACGCGUAUCUCACAUACCCUUACCAGAAUUUGGCGCCGGGAAGCCCUUCCCUCCUCCGUUACCCGAAAAGGAGGAAUACGUGGUGGAAUUUGCAGGACCGGACGACCCCCUGCAUCCCCAGAAUUGGCCCAUGAGGAGGAAGAUUGCAAUGGCAGUGAUGCUUGCAUAUACUACAUUCAAUGCCACUUUCACCAGCAGCAUAUACUCACCUGCAAUUUCCGUCAUAUCACCGGAGUUCCACGUCUCUAACGAGGUUGGGACUUUGGGGCUGUCCUUGUACGUGCUGGGCUUUGCCGUCGGGCCCUGUCUUUGGGCUCCCUUCUCCGAAUUGCGUGGCCGACGACUGCCAAUUCUUAUAUCGGUGUUCGGCUUCACUGUAUUCGAAUUUGCCGUCGCAACGGCGAAGGAUCUUCAGACCAUCAUGAUAUGCCGCUUCUUUGGAGGCUUCUUUGGGGCCUGUCCUGUUGCCGUUGUCGCCGCGGUCUUCUCCGAUAUGUUCAAUAAUCGCAUUCGUGGCCUCGCCAUAACAGUCUUUGCCAUGACCGUCUUCACCGGUCCUCUCUUCGCCUCGACAGUUGGCGGUUUCAUUGUGCAAAGCUCUUUGGGCUGGCGCUGGACCGAAUAUCUCACUGGCAUCAUGGGUGCCUCAGCUUUGAUAGCGAACAUUUUCUUUCUAGAUGAGACCUACCCACCCGUGGUUCUCAUCGGGAAAGCUGCAGAACUUCGCCGGCGCACCAAGAAUUGGGGAAUUCACGCCAAACAAGAGGAGGUCGAAGUGGACCUCCGAGAAUUGCUUUCGAAGAAUUUCAGUCGUCCUUUCAAGAUCCUCUUCACCGAACCAAUUGUCCUUUCUCUCAGCAUCUAUAUGGCAUUCCUCUAUGGCUUGUUGUAUCUCUUCUUGACAGCCUAUCCGAUCGUGUUCCAGAGGGUCCAUGGAUUUGAGAAAGGCGUCGGCGGUCUCCCUUACCUUGGCCUCAUCGUCGGUGAGUUCAUCGGGGGAACCUUUAUCAUUCUUACCCAGCCCUGGUACAACAGAAAGCUGGACGCAAACGCCGGCAUUCCCAUUCCAGAGUGGCGCCUGCCGCCAGCGAUUGUUGGCAGUUUGGCUUUCUCAGGAGGUUUAUUCUGGUUUGGUUGGUCGGGCUUCACAGCCGACAUUCACUGGAUUGUGCCGACGCUGUCUGGUGGUAUGAUUGGAUUCGGUCUGCUCUGCAUUUUCAUGCAAGCGUUCAACUACAUCGUUGAUGCCUAUCUCCUCUUUGCCGCGUCUGCUUUGGCAGCCAACAGUAUUCUACGGUCCUUGGCUGGUGCAGGGUUUCCUCUUUUUGCGACCUACAUGUUUGAUACCCUAGGUGUCAACUGGGCCAGCACACUGCUCGGCUGCGUCGCAGCUUUACUGACCCCUCUCCCUAUCCUCUUCUAUCUCUAUGGUCCCAGACUCCGGGCCAGAAGCAAAUUCGCGACAGACUAUAUGAUGACGACGCAAAUCCACACUGUCGACGAAUCAAUGGGGUAG